CCCUCACUGCAUCCAUAUAUCUCCUCUUUGACCUUCCUCUCUUUCUCCUACCUGGUAGCUCCAUCUCUAACAUUCUUCUACCAAUGUGUCCACUGUCCCUCCCUGGUCCUACAGACAUACAUUUAUGUCUGUGUGCGUGUGUGUGUGUGUGUACUAGGGCAGUCUAAAUGACUUGUUGAGGACGAUGACUGGACUGUAGUCUCCCAACAGGAGGGAGAGCGAUGGGGAGAGAGAAGCUCCGCCCCUCAGCGGCUGCAGAAAAAACUAAAUGGAACGCUCCUCCUGCAGCUGCAUUUAAACUUUGACUCCGCUCCCCGUCUUUGUUCGUCUGAUCCUGGUCCAGAGAAGAGACUGGAUCUGAAUGAGACGAGCAGGGUUUUGGACCGAGGCGUAGAACCUGAACCAGAGUCUGCAGCAGACGGAUCACAGCUUGGCUCUGGGUCCAGAGAGCGGAGCGUGGUUCUGGAGUCAAGAGGACGCACAUGGACGGAGGUACUGAGGAUCGACAAGAAUCAGAAUCCUACUGCGGCCCAAGGACGCGAUCCUGGACCUCGGUCUGACCUGGAACUAUGAAAAGUGCUGGUACUGCUCCGAGUUCUGAUGGAAAAAAAGAAGAAAAAGUUUUUUCAGAAUCAAUCGAUCGUCCAGGAAUAUCGAUUAUCGACUAAAGACUAAUGAUCACACGAGACGAGUUCUGGUUCUGCUCAACUUUCCCUGUGUUUGGGGGAGUCCCGGUUCUGGUUCUGCACCGGAUCCUGUUCCUCCUUUUAGCCUCCGUCCAGGUCCUUGUUCUGAUCCUGUGAUUGUUCCCGGUCCCGGUUUUGGUUCUGGUCCUGGUGUCAGCCUGGAUGUUCUCCGUCCUCAUGCAGCCUCUGCUGCUCCUCAUGUUCUGGUUCAGCUCCGCCCUCUGUGAUGUCAUCGGUGACCGCCACGAGGUCUACUGGAACCGUUCAAACCCCAGUUUCUCCAACGGUGAACUGACGGUGGAAGUUUCUAUCAACGACUAUCUUCUCAUCUUUUGUCCUCACUACGAGGGGGCGGAGCCAGCAGACAACCUGGAACAAUACGUUCUGUUCAUGGUCAACUACCACGGCUUCCUGUCAUGUGACCACCGCACGACAGGCUUCAAACGCUGGGAGUGCACCCGCCCACUUAGCUCUAACGGACCAAUCAGAUUCUCUGAAAAGUUUCAGCUCUUCACACCAUUUAGCCUGGGCUUCGAGUUCAGGCCGGGGCACGAGUACUACUACAUCUCAUCUCCCCUGACAACAGCAGGAAAAACAUGCCUGAAACUCCGAGUGUACGUCAAACCAAGCAACGACUCGGUGUACGAGUCUGCCGAGUCUUUCCUGACUGAAGACAACAGCGGGGGCGGAGUCAGCCCUCUGACACACCUCUUCCUGUUCCUCAGCGUGUCCCUCGCUCUCUUUCUUGCCUUCUCUUAGCUCCGCCUUCUUGGUGGGAGAAUCUUAGACUCAAAAACUGAACUGCGGUGCAGACAGCUGCAGGGUGUAGCCACGCCCUCACCUCUGACUCUACAGCGCCACCUGUGAAGUGCUAUGGAGUCUCAGAAGGACCAACCCAGGGAGAAUGGCCUCCAGCACCGAUGUCACGGACUUCUGACCUUGGACUUCUGACAGUCAGACGACAGACGUCAACGACAGACGUCAACGACAGACGUCAACGACAGACAGACUUAGAAAAGUUCAAUCAACAUCUUGGUUCGUCAAAUGUUAACUUUGAAUUAAAACGUGUCAAUAACUCAUAUUUUGGGAUGUCAGAACUGAACCAGACACCAUUUUUCUAAAGAACAAAGUAAAAAUCCUGAAGUAAAAAAACAAUCACCAAAA